AUGUUUCUUAUAAUAUCUAUCCAUACAUAUCUAUCUCUCUCUUUUGCGUGCCCGUAUCUAUCUCUGUUCAUACAUCUAUCUAUCUAUCUAUCUAUCUAUCUAUCUAUCUAUCUAUCUAUCUAUCUAUCUAUCUAUCUAUCUCUCCUUUUGCGUGCCCGUAUCUAUCUCUGUUCAUACCUAUAUCUAUCUAUCUAUCUAUCUAUCUAUCUAUCUAUCUAUCUAUCUAUCUAUCUAUCUUUUGCGUGCCCGUAUCUAUCUCUGUUCAUACCUAUAUCUAUCUAUCUAUCUAUCUAUCUAUCUAUCUAUCUCUUUUGCGGGCCCGUAUCUAUCUCUGUUCAUACCUAUAUCUAUCUAUCUAUCUAUCUAUCUAUCUAUCUAUCUAUCUAUCUAUCUAUGUUCAUAUCUAUCUCUCCCUUUUGCGUGCCCGUAUCUAUCUCUGUUCAUACCUAUAUCUAUCUAUCUAUCUAUCUAUCUAUCUAUCUAUCUAUCUAUCUAUCUAUAUCUAUCUAUCUAUCUAUCUAUCUCUUUUGCGUGCCCGUAUCUAUCUCUGUUCAUAUCUAUCUAUCUAUCUAUCUAUCUAUCUAUCUAUCUAUCUAUCUAUCUAUAUCUCUAUCUAUCUAUCUAUCUAUCUAUGUUCAUAUCUAUCUAUCUCUUUUGCGUGCCCGUAUCUAUCUCUGUUCAUACCUAUAUCUAUCUAUCUAUCUAUCUAUCUAUCUAUCUAUCUAUCUAUCUAUCUAUCUCUUUUGCGGGCCCGUAUCUAUCUCUGUUCAUACCUAUAUCUAUCUAUCUAUCUAUCUAUCUAUCUAUCUAUCUAUUUUCGGAAUACCACAAUAA